AAUACGGGGCGGCUGUGGCUCAGGUGGUAGAGCGGGUUGUCCACUAAUCGUAGGGUUGGCGGUUCGAUUUCCGGCCCGGGUGACUCCACAUGUCGAAGUGUCCUUGGGCAAGACACUGUACCCCAAGUUGCUCCCGAUGGAAUGCACGAGCGCUUUCGUUUUCCAUUCUCCACCUCGCCUUAUAUAAACACGAGUCAGCUGUCAGCUGGACACAGUGGUGAGACACAGCCGCCCAAACAUGUUGCUUUCCAAUCAAGUGGCCUUGGUGUGGAUGCUCCUGCAGCUGUGCAUCAGUAAUGUGCACUCUAAGCUUUCGGAAGUGAUGAGACGGGUGUUUUCUGCCUGGAUGGGUGUGAACAGGGGGCAGGUGAAUAGUCAGCCCAAGCGCCCUAAACUCAGCGGCACGGCGCGAGGUGAAGUCACAACACCGAGCAGUGUGAACUACCAUUUUACCCGCCAGUGCAAUUAUAAAUGCGGCUUCUGCUUUCACACGGCAAAAACGUCCUUCGUCUUGCCUAUAGACGAGGCGAAGAGAGGACUCCGACUAUUGAAAGAAGCAGGAAUGGAGAAAAUCAACUUUUCAGGAGGAGAACCUUUCUUGCACCAGAAGGGUGUAUUUCUGGGAGAACUGGUGCAAUACUGCAAACAAGAGCUUCAGUUACCGAGCGUCAGUAUAGUCAGCAACGGAAGCAUGAUCAGGGAAACCUGGUUCCAGAAAUAUGGAGAAUAUUUGGACAUUCUAGCAGUAUCCUGCGACAGCUUUGAUGAGGAAACCAACCAAGUAAUCGGUCGAGCCCAGGGCAGAAAAAGCCACAUAGACAACCUGUAUAAAGUGCAGAACUGGUGCAAAGAGUACAGAGUGGCUUUCAAAAUCAACUCAGUCAUCAACACUUUCAACGUUCAUGAAGACAUGACUGAGCACAUCAGUGGACUUAAUCCUGUGCGCUGGAAGGUGUUUCAGUGCCUCCUGAUUGAGGGUGAGAACACAGGUGAGAAUAGCCUUCGAGAAGCAGAGAAAUUUAUCAUCACUGAUCAGGAGUUCCAGGAUUUCCUGGACCGGCACCAAAGCAUUAACUGUCUGGUCCCAGAGUCAAAUCAAAAGAUGAAAGACUCCUACUUGAUUUUGGAUGAAUAUAUGCGUUUCCUGGAUUGUCGAGCAGGGAGGAAAGACCCAUCAAAGUCCAUUCUGGAUGUCGGAGUAGAGGAAGCUAUAAAGUUCAGUGGGUUUGAUGAGAGGAUGUUUCUUAAAAGAGGGGGCAAAUAUGUGUGGAGCAAAGCAGAGAUGAAGCUUGAGUGGUGAUAUGCCACAAUGUUAGUCAUAUGUAAUUGUUGUUAGCUGUUUGUUUCUAUGUUAACAACCACUUAAGGAAUGUAAUUUAAUU